UAUGACAGCAAUAGUAAUAGCAAUGAUAAGAACAACAGCCACGAUUCCUCCAAUUAUAGCAUUGGAAACUUGUGCAGGUUCUUCAUCACUGCUUCUAUCAACAGGAGCCAUGUCGGUGGAAGGAGAUGAAGUGGCAGUAGGAGUGGAAGAAGGAGAGCACUGUGGUGGCUGACUGAGAGAAGAGAUGGCCACUGAGCAGUGGGAG